GUCGUCUGCUUCCUCGCCGACCUGCCCUUCUUGCCCGUGUACUCCACUUACGUCCCGAUCUUGACCAUGUCCGCCGUCACCUUGGGGUCCUUGUCGAACUCGGCCACGACGACCAUGAGCAUCGCGGCAAAGAACAAGUUGAACAGCAGCGGGUCCAGGUUGCAUCCCUGUCGGAGGCCUUGGCCCACGUCGAACCAUUCCGGGUACUGCCCGUCGUCCGUUGUGUACAAGUACACGUCGAAGCAGGGGAAGGGGGCCAAGAAGAUUUCCCGUGCAGCAUCGGAGGAUUCGGGCCGGGAAAGCUACGAAGACUCCGGCUCUGAGUACGACCCCACGGCGGCCAGUGACGACGAAUCUUGCACCCUCGACCCCAACGAGGAAGACAGCCCAAGCCCUGACCUGCUCGCACCGGCGAAGAGGAGGAGGCCAGGUCCUCCUUUGCGCUACAUCGACCACAGCCCGCGCCCUGUAACCGACCGCUCCGUCACCGAGGACAGCGCUGCGGCUACCGACGUGCCUUCGUCGCGCGCCAAUGGCAUCCCGGCCGCGAUGGGCGUUCUUCCCUCGCCGGCGUAUCCUCGGUGUCGUCCUCUCGCGGCGCCGGUGGCGUGUGUCACCACCGCCUCCGCUCACUCUGCAUCUUCCGGAGGGUACGGCAUAAGGUCUGGUUCAUGCAAGGGAGCGCCAGCCCCGGCGGCCUCAGGUGCUGGCACACCUUCUGCUAGCUUUACCCAGAUCGGGCGGGCUUCCUCACAGCCGCGGGGAACGGGCGGCGGAGGUGAGGCCAUGGCCCUUACCUCGGGCAUGAGCGGCCAAGUAAUCUACCAGGCGAUCAAUGCAGCGGGCAUGUCGCAAAUGGAACGCGCGGCGCUUCUCGGCAUCCUCAUGUCGACAGUGGCACCCAUACACCAGCAGCGCCCGGUGGUCGGGGCCAAGCCGGCACGACGGCCGGUAAGGGGAGAGAGAGCGUCAAACGGGAUUGUUGCUGCCCUCUUCUCGGUGUUCAGCUACGCCUUCAUUGGACAAGGGAAGACCCGUUUCUCUGGCGGGCAGCCAUGUCACGAGAAGAACAACGUCUUCCUGGCGGCGGCCGCCCUCGUCUACGUGGGAGCUCAGGAGGGAGACCCAGACUGGGUUGGUACGGACUUGGGCGAAUGGCGAAGUGUGUUUGGGAUCCAUAGGUUCAAGUAUGCCCAUCGGCACUGUGAUCCGGAGGUGGACACUUCGAUCUUUGUCCACACUAGAGUUUCAUUGGCCGUGAAGGUUACCGACACCGCCACUUCAAGUGUUUGCGGCUCCAGUUUCAAUAUUUCGUGGACUGCACACGGCGGCAAGACCGACGUCUCUGGCCCCGAGGUCUCGAACGAGGACUACGAGGAGAUACUGGUUCGCGAGACGCCCUUCGACCGCCCCGACGAUGUUCUCGUCGAGGCGAGCGACCUCGAGGAAUACCUCAACAACAUGUCGCCCUAAGUUCAGGGAGACAUGUUGUUGAGGUACGGGUUAAGCGCCGCCGAAGUUCAGGGCGACAUGUUUAGGUAUUCCUCGAGGUCGCUCGCCUCGACGAUAACAUCGUCGGGGCGGUCGAAGGGCGCCGGCAGCUUUUGUCUCCACACAAGUAUGCCUGACAAGUUUUGGAGUGGGUUUCGAAGGGGGGAGACUUUAACCUCGAAGUUGCUGCUGAUAUUGCUUUGCGCGGAGUUAAUGUGUUGGCUCUCACAAAGCUUCAAUGCUGGGUUGUCUCAUGUCCCCCAGGGGGUUGAUGCAGUUAAGAUAUCCACGCCCUGUCGCGCGGGAUGGCAUCAUCCUGGACACCCGUCCUCACCUCUGCGCUCUUUUUGUAUGAUUAUUUUGGAUUCGUCGGAGCUACAUUUCUUUUAUGCACCGGCGGCGUAUCACAUCGCGCAAUGGAGACCUGCGCAACGUUCGUGGUGAUGGUGAAUGAUGCAUGUUGCUCAGGAUGUAGGCUGUUGCGCUGUCGCCUGGUUGGUCAACACGGCAGCGUUUGUUUGUUGCUUUUUUUUUCCCUGUAUGAUCCACUUCUGCAUUUUAGUGCAGUAGGCGGUUGGUGGCGCGGUCUUUUUUCGCGUCUGUCCGUGAUCGACGGCGGGAGCCUUCGCCGGCUUCGUGGGGGGGCUUGUUCUUGAUACCUAGGUGAAUCUCUGGGGCGGGUACAUGUCUGCAGUAUUCUUGUUAGAUGACAUCAGUUUGUACCUUGGUGAUCAUGAUGAUGUGAUGAUACCAUUGGUCGAGUAAAAUAUGCUGGUGGGGUGGCGCUUGGCGCAUUCCACACACAGCGUUUGCGGUCUUUGUUUUUAUGUUUUUGCUUCUCUCCAAUGGGGGUCGUUGAAUGCGUCCACAGUCCACGUCGUUUCUUAUGGCGUCACGUCCCGGAGCGAGUGUCGGAUUAUGCUUUUUUCGUUUCCUGUAUACCUUUGAUGCAUGUCUCGCGUAGCUCUCGAAUAGCCUAGUGUUGUGCGCGUCAUACAUAUGCGAAACGGAGAGGGCAUUGUAUCACUAGGUACUCUUCGCUGUUUUGUGUACGGAGGGUCGAGAUGCGUUGAAUGAGGGAGAGUCUUCGGACAGAUGGAUCGGUGUGUCAUGGAUUUGAUACUAGCGCCGGCUGUUCCUGUCGGUCUAUACUCUGGCGUGUACUUUGUCAUCCUUCGUGUUUCCUGUUUGCGUAUCAAGCAUGUAGCCGGUGCUACGGGAGUCACUGUAACCGUAGGAAACAGAGAAAAUGAAACCGUUUCGAAAAACCACCCCCCCCAAGGUGCACAGCCGGCCUCACCCUGCCAUGGUUGGUAGGCCUUGCCCUGGCAAGGUACCAGGACACCCCGGCCCUGUCAAGGUGAUAACCUAAGCGACACCUUGUCAAGGUUGUAACCCUGGGGAUACCUUGCCAAAUGGCACCCUGUAUGGGUGCAAAAUCUGGUACCCUGUAUGAGGUUCUUCCCCGGAUCCCUGGGGUAGCCGAUUGGCUACGGGUGUACGUCUUUGCGUGGUUUUACGAUAGAUAUUCAACCCAAAUUUACUUGAGGUCGUGGGUUGCAUCUACAGUAGCCAGUAUCUCUUACUAAGUUAGUAAUUAGGCACUAAAGGGAAGUUUGGUCUUCUUUGGUUCCAACCCCGCGCUGGUGCCAACUGGGGGAUGGCACCGUACAUCCGCAUGUGCUAGAGGAAGAAGGAAGCUCCUUUGCAAGCGACGUCUACAGCUUCGGGAUCGUGAUCUGGGAGGUGUUCUCAAGGAAGCUACCGUGAGCGAACAAGACGCGUCCUCGCGAAAUAUUGUCUGCGGAUCAGCGGGGGGAAACGGCCAUUGUUCCAGGCAGGCACUCCUGCCGACAUCGUGGACAUCGCCAAGGCCUGUUGGGGUGGGGAACCCGAGCAACGCACCACUUUCAGCGCCAUCUUGGAGGACAUGGAGGCAAAGGGCUGGAGGGACUAGGCUCAUUGCUCGUCCCUUGCGGGGUGUUGUGGAUGAUAAGCGACCGGGUUGAGUCGAUGUUGUGCACCCGCAUCAGUCGAGCGGGAACUUCUUUUAUUCGUGUAGGGUCAACGUCAGGGCCCUUAUUUGAAAGGAAAGGUGGGUUAGGAUACGUCGUAAAGUAGCUAUGUCCGUACUUUCAUAACACCGAGACUUCCCGCGGAACUGCGGCGCUCGGGGACGCUUCUGUGCAGAUUCGAUUUCUUCGCAGGCCUCCGGCGCCUGUCCGACCCUCUGUUUUGUUUGCACUUCGCCGCGUUGUUCUGUCUAGCGAGUUGGGCGGUGAAUUUUUGUGACUCGGUCAGCGCAUUUCGGUUUGGAAGUUUUGUUUUUGUUUCAGGGGGUCCUUGGAUUUCGGUUAUUCAGGCGCGCGCGCUAGACGACCCCGGAGGCGGUGAUGUUUGUUUUUGCCGUUAUGUUUUGCUCUCGAGCUUGUGGCU